AGAUGAAGCGUCAGGCCUCUCAGAUGUUUUAGUUUUGCAUAUCUCUUUAAGGUCUGGUUGCACCCAAAAUUGAAAAGGAAGAAAUUUACAUUUAAAGAUUUCAUUCCAGCUGUGGCACAGGAGAAUUGUGGUCUGAUUAUAAACUGAAUUGAUUAGGCUUCUGUUUGUUUGCUUGUGUUUGGGUGCUAUUUAUCAACAACUUGAUCAAAGCCUGACAUUCUCUAUCAUAUAGCAAGGUUUUAGACGUAGAGGGUUUCUACCACCACGUUUGUUAAACUGGCUUUUUACCUGAAGUGAUCUUUGUAGGCUGACAGGCAAUGCAAGAUAAAUAAAGUCAAUAAAAUAUUUCUGCUUGGGUGAAAUAUAUUGAUGGUUUGGAAAGUUAAGUUGUCAGAGUGUAUCACCCAAGAAAAAAAGGAAUUUUCUGUCUUUUUUGGUUGCUAUAGCAACAUCCGACAGGUUUUCCCAGGCCGCAUGUAUUAUAUCACAUUAAUCAUAAGUCAUUACUGAGUUUUGUUUUUUUUUUGUUUUUUUUAAUGGUAAAAGUAAAUUAAUAACCUAAGACAACCAAGAAUUAAGAAUAGGACAGGUUACAAUUGUAUUAAAUUUUAUUACUGGUUACAUUUAAAAUUUCUAUUUAGACACCUAUAAAUGUACUCCAGGACACUGUCAGAGUUUAGGAUUGAUAUAAAACAAACCUUUUCCACCAGCUGAUUGAGAGUGAUCAAGCGCAGUAAAUAAGCAAAAAUAUAUUUAGUGAUAAACUAGAGAGUGACUACUCAAAUACAGACAGACAUCUUUCUCUCUGUCUGUCUGCAGGUAGUAUUUUGCAUAAAAGCUUUUUUUGGGACUUAGAAACGUCUCCUCCCUUUUAUUGUAUUGUGUGCUUGGGAAGUAAACAGAGAUAUCUUCAUGUCUUACGACAUCAUCUCCACAUGACAAAACUGUCUGUAACAUCCAGUUUGUCCCUGCAACUUGCAAUAUUCUAGUGUAACCAAGAGUGUCGCACAUAAUAACUGCCGUUGUUAGCAAAUGAUAACGAUACCUUUUUAAGUACAUGUUGUUGACUCGUGCUAACUGUGACGCUACAACCAAUAUGCAAACGCCAGUCAAAUGACGACCAGGCAGCAGCUUUCAUUUACGUGCUGGUCCAAGAAAAUACUUCUGUGUUAGAGCCAACAAACCAACAAGGAAGUUGAGCAGCCAGAAUCAUAUACAUAGAUGGAUUAAUCACUACAUCGCAAUCAUGAAAUUCAGCAAUUCUGAAAUAAACAUUUAGAAAGACAGACUGAGGUUCUCCUAAAACAUCUGAAAGUCUUUUUUUUUUUUUUUUAAUCCGUUGAAUAACUUUAGAGUUAAAACAUAUUGAGUUACUGUUGCGCAGCUGGUAGCAUUGCUGCCUUACAGCUCCAGGGUUCCUGGUUCAAUUCUGAGCGUGGGUUACUGUCUGUGUUGAGCUUCUGUGCAUGUUCUCCUUGUGAUCAUGUCGGUCUCUUCAGGCAAUCUCCUGUGUCCUCACCUCACUUUUUUCUUCCAAAAUUUGCCAGUAGGUGGAUUGGCAACUUUGAAUUGCCCCUAUGUGUGCAUAUGUGUGCUCCUUAUCCAGGGUGUACUCCUGCCUCACGCCCAGUGCUCCCUGGAUAGACUUCAGAUCCACUGCAACCCUGACCAGAAUAAAGCAGUUACUGUGGAUGAAUGAAUGAAAAAUGACUCGAUGUGUUAUCACAUAGAUAGUUAUAUGGAAGUACCUGAGGAUUCAGGCUAAAAAGACCUGUUAGCAGUUUUCAGCGUGAUGGUGAGACACAUCUGUUUGUUCAGCACUUGAUGUUUUCAGUGCUAUAUGUUUUGACACAGACCCGGUUCAGACACAACAGCGUUGAUGUUUAUGGUUAAAGUCAGUGAUCCCUUUGGUGUAUCAAAUUUGCUGAUGCUUACAGAAAGCAUUGCUAAUGAAUGCCCUUUGUUUUGUAUAUGCUCAUCAGCCAAUUAGCUGGUGUGGUCCUUCUCAAGAGGCUUUGUAAUAAACGCUGUUUCAUUGUGAAACAUUCUCUAUAGCAACCAGCACCAGGGAAACAAACACCAUAUCUGCCCUAUGCACCUGUUUGAUUUAUAAAGCUUCAGUUCACUGGAUUGAGUUGCAGCCACAAGCUACAGACUACCCUCAAUUGGAAUUGACAUCGGCACAUGGUAGAAGGAAAGACACACACGGGUACACACAGAGUGGAGAAUAGAAAGACAAAGAUGACGUAGACUCAGAAGAGAUUGGGGGGGAUGGGUAAAAGAAGAGAAAAGGGAACAGGAGUGAUGUCAGACCAGUUUUGUUCAUUUUUUAAAAUAAAUCAAUAACUAGUGCGUGUCCACACAGAAGACAGCACUCUCACCCUUCUACAAUGUCAUACCCAAACUGAGCGCAAUCUUAUAAGACCAUUUCAAGAAUAGUAUUUGCUUCCUAUCAUACAUUCACACUAGCAAGCAGCAAGUCGCUAGUAGUUUGACUCGUGUGUGUGUGUGUGUGUGUGUGUGUUUUGAGACAGUGUGACAAUGUGCUAGGCUUUUUACUAGCUCGUACAAAAAAAAAAGUUUUUAUACGUGUUUAACGAGAGAUCAUACAGUAUAUGACAGGAUAAUAUGAAAAAUUUCUCCUGUUUUUAUGAACCAAACAGUAAAUAAGUACUACUUGCAGGUAGGAAUUACAUUUGUCUUUUGGAUUUAUCGCGCUACUGCAUUGUACUUCAUUUGCAUAGAAGUGAGAAAAUCUUAAUUCACAGGCGCUUGUCACGCUGCCGCACUGUUGCUUGCUUCUGUCGCUGAAAUCAUGGCUCCAUUUUGCACACGUACAUAGAAAAUGAACUGUCCCCUGACGCUUUGUCACAUGGUGGUGUGAAUACAGGGUUGCCCCAAAGAUGCCCCUUUUUUAAUGUUCUUUCUUAUCUUUUCACACAGACAAACAUUUGAGAAACACUGAAGAAUAUUUUAAGAAACCGCAGACUAAUCCUAAAAAUAAGAGCUUUAUAUAUGUGGUACUUAAAUUUUCUUGCACCACUUUUUCAGUCAUAAUGCACUUCAUAGGCAUACUGUAUAGGCUACAUGUUUAUGCAAAACAUGUUCACGCUACAUGAUGUGGAAUAGUGCAGUGAAACAAUUUCAACAUUUAUUUUUAAUAGAAGCUCUUUAUAAAAGUUUUAUUUAACCGUUGAUCUUGACAAUACACAUGGCCAAAUAUUACCUACUUACUGUAGCUUAUAGCAAACUUUAUAUUCUUUCCAUGCGUCUUACUGUAAAUACUUGAUCCACUGAAAUUGAAGUGGGAAGAAUGGUGAGUAACUGACUUGGUAAUAUAGUAGACUAGUUAUAAAUUGCUUUAACUGUUGAUUUAAAAACAGUCCCUCCAGGAUUUCCUGAUCGCAGAAAUUAAUGGAAACUCAAGGAAACUUCGCAGUUUCAGAGGAGCGUGCAAAUUUUCAAAAUUAUUGCAGAUUUUCUGCAGAUUUGGGCCAAGACAUCAUCACAACGGGCCACGUGACGUCAUUCAGCCAAAGCCGUGUUCGUCACAUGCGUCACACGAGUACAGCUAAAAGGUCUCAUUUACUAACAAACAUCACUGCGAAAGACAAUUCCAUGCAAUUGUGAUUUCGCCGAACACAAGUAGUUUUCCACAAAAUCUCAGCAAAUUGCAUCGCAAAUUUUUGAAAAAAGCCACACCAAAAUCGAGCAUUUUUGGCUGCAACAAUCACAAAAAAACUCAGUGAAAUCCUCCAUGGCUUAUAAAAAUCUUUGUAAGUUUUAACUGACUAAAAACCAGCAAGUAAAAGUAAUACUAUAAGGAUAUACACUUCAUGGAAUAGUUUCCAUGUAACCUACUACUGCAUCAGCAAAGAGCCCAGAAUGUGUUUAGCCAAUUUACAAACAUGUGCUUUAUUUUUAUUAUUCAAUAGAACACAGCAUUUGCUUAUACAUUGUGGAUUAUAAUCCUGCAGCCAAAAUCCAAAAAAAGCACUGGACCUUAACACAUUAACUGAAUGUCUUUUUUUAAUGCUACAUACUUAAAAUAGGGAGCAUAUGGCUUAAUUAGGGCUGCAACUAACGAUUAUUUUUAUAAUCGAUUCAUGAUUAUUUCUUCGAUUAAUCGAUUAGUUGGGUUAAAAGCCCAAUUUUUAUUUUCUGUAUCUUUUUGAAAAAACAUCUUAUUUCACAUUCUGUGUGAUUUUGUUCUUCAAACAUUGUGCAAAUUGAAGGCUAGGUGUUAAAUGUAUCUAUGUGGGCUGUUCUACAUUGUGCAAAGGAUUUUUUUUUUUAAUAUGGACAUUAUAUUUUGAAAACAAAAAAUACAACUGAUUUUUCACAAGUUUUAAAACAGAAGUUAAAUCACUAUAUUAAAAAAAAAAUAAGAAAAACAAAAGCACAGACUAAGUGUUAACUGGUAAGAGGUUGAAAGUUCUGCAGUAACACACACAUUCACUCAUCUGAACACAGCAACAUGUUACUUUAUUCUGUAAAUGUAUGAUACUUCUUAUAUUUAUAUACAAUUAUAUAUUAUAACCUCAUUAAAGUUACUGCUGUCAUAAAAACACAAUUACUUUUGUUUAUAAAUAUAGCAUCAGACAACAUAUUUGAUCAAAAUGAAUAUUUUAGUCAGAGUUAUUGCUUUUCCUUUCUACUGUGCACUGUUUGAUUGGUGCGCGCUCAUUCAGUGAAGUUUAAUGGAGACUCACUUGCUGUCAGGACGAGGCUUUAUGUAAAAUGGAAAUACUGGCGUGAAUUUCUAAUAUCCACAGAUUAGGAUAUAAAUAUAAUAUAAUUAUCGAUUAGUUGUUGCAGCCCUAGCCUUAAUACAGCAGAGUCAGUAAGUGUUGCUAUAGGAAAAUAAUCAACAACAAGGUGGUGUGAUGUUACAUCCCUCAAGAUUGAUUAUUUUCCAGUUAAACCAGUGCUUUAUUCCUGUUAUCUGUUAUACCACAGCUAUUUUAAUAGUUACAUUUUCCAUUAAUUACAGAAGGACACAUUAUUUAACUUUGUGGAACACCCACAAAACAAGUUAGUUCCAAUUAUUAUUUAUGUUAUAGCAGCUAUAAACAGCUGUUCCCUCACAGCCCUCUUGAAGAAAAAAAAAAACAAAAAACGAUAGAAACCACAACAAAAAUUAUAAUGGUUUUCAACAACAAAUACCAUCACAAACCAUCAGCUAACCUUUAAAACCAUUACCAUUAUUGGACCUUAAUGGUAUCUACUAGACAUCUACUAACAUGCCACCAAUAGAAGGCAACAGAUUACUAGCAGAGACCCACAGGGACCAUUAGAGUUUCCAUUAAAACCAAUACAAUUCCUCUCUUCUGAAGACUUUGCAAUGAAUGAAAACUUUUUGAGAUUUCAGAAAUAUUGUGGUAUAAAAAAAUAUUAGCCAAUUUUAGAUUAGCUCACUAAUACUUAGCUUUUUAAAAUUAAUUGAGGAAACCACAUAUUGUGAUCACAAUAGUAUUAAUUGUGCCCUUGAGCUGCUGCCUAAUGCUGAUAAAAAAUAAAUAAAUGAAGAUGAGGGUAAAGAUUUAAACCUGAUUUCUUGCCAAAUUCAUAACCAUUCAAAUGAAUUGAAGUGAGUCUGAUAUCAUCUGGGCUUUUUUCCAGUUUUCAGUCGUUCAGUUUCAGUGAGCCUGUGUCCAGUGUAACCUCAAUAUAAUACCUCAGAGUAAAUACCCUGUUCUUUGUCGACAGGAGUAGAUCCUGAUGUGUCACAGCACAUCUGCCUCAAGGUUUGAUGUACUGUGUAUCCUGAGAUGCUUUUCUGCUCACCACGGUUGUAAGGGAAAGGGAGUAGUUAUUUGAGUUAUCGUAGCCUUUCUGUCAGCUUGAAUGUGUUUGGCCAUUCUCCUCUGACCUCUCUUAUCAACAAGGCGUUUCCACCUGCAAAAAUUCCACUCACUGGAUAUGUUUUGUUUUUUCACACCAUUCUGUUUAAUCUUUAGAGACUGGUGUGUGAAAAUCGCAGGAGAGCAUCAGUUUCUGAAAUACUCCAACCAAAUUCAACUUCUAGUGAUUAACCGACUUUGUUAAUACAGACCUUGUUAUCAUGGUUUUAGUUGACUAAGAACAAGGCAGAAGGAAAUGAAACCAGAGCUCCUAUGGGAUUUGUUUAUUGUGGCCUUUGUUAAUCCUCUGGUGUGCUAGUGAUUGUGUGUGUGUGUACGAGUCCAUGUUCUUCCAUUGUUUGCGAGAGAUUUGCUACAUGAUUGCCUUGUUCUUUAAAUGACUCUGCAGUAUUGCAGGUUUCCUACACUUUAACGCAACAAUCCAAGUUGUUGUUCAGACAGUAUUUUAAAAUGAACAAAACAUUUUAUGUAUGUAAGCAAGAUGUAUGUUUACAGCACACUUGCUCAUGUCUAGGUGAGAGAAAAAGAAAAAAAAAAUCCUGGGUAAGGGAAAAAGGUAAAGGCCUGUUGUCUCUAUAGUACGAUACAAAGCAUUUCACGCUUUCACAGCGCUAGAACAGAGCGCUGGCGCUCCAGCAGAGAUUAGAAAUUCGCUCUUCUUGUUAACUUCAAUGGAGGAAGAGCUGCCAAUUCAUUACGCUCCAAAUUUCAAUCUGCAGUACUUUAAACUGCCAAUCUUGAAUAAUCUCUGCCUUUCACCUCUCGCUGGUUUUCCAAGAUGGAGCAUUUCAAUUUACUCCUGAAGAUGGUGUGCAGCCCUUCGUCAUUUUAUCUUUAAUCUCCUAAUCUAUCUAAAUUUACUGGUUAUAUAAUAAUAAUAAUAAACUUUAUUUUAUAGAGCGCCUUUAAAAGCAGCUUGCCAAAGCGCUGUACACAAAAUAAGCAGUACACAGAAAAAAAAAAAAAUUAUAAUAGACAUCAGCAGUCAAAUGCAAGUUUAAAAAAGUAAGUCUUAGGUUGAGCUUUAAAAAUGCCAAAGGUCUGAGCUUCCCUAAGUUUGCGAGGAAGAGAGUUCCAAAGGGAAGGAGCAUAGAGAGAAAAAGCCCGUCAUCCAUAGAUUUUAAGUGGGUUUGUGGAACAGUUAACAGAUUACACUCUCAGGAGCGUAGUCUGCGAUUUGGGGUGUAAGGAAUUAAUAAAGCAUAAAUACAAAUAACCAAAAUGAUCUGGCAAUAUCUGAAGCCUUGUCUCCAUUAGCUUUGUGACUCCCAAUCCUCAGUGAAUCUUGAUUAAUCUAUAUUAAAAUAGUUUAACCUGACCAAAAGAAAGUAUAAUAUUAUAAUCUAAUCUUUAUAGUGUAAUAGUCUGCUGGAAUACAGCAUUUCUCAGAGUAAAUAGCCUCCAGAAAGCUGGCAAAUAUGGAAAAAAAAAAAUAUGACCCUAUUUCUCUUUCUAUCUUUCUCUCUCCUUCCAUGCGCUCUGUCUCUGUGAGCUGCGUACGAUGUUGAUACAGGGGAGAAAGAAAUGUCCAUGUGGCAUAUAACAUAAGAUCAAGCCUGAUAUCAGUUACUUUUUUGUUACAAUAUUUUAUUUAUUUUUUAUAUAUUUUUAUAUAUUUUAAAUUAUUCUUAUGUAACGCUGGUGUGCAGAACUCAAACUGAGAAAGCUUUAAUGCUGGUCCACUUCUUUAUUGUUGCAUGCUGCUGGAAGAUGCCACAUACUGUAAAAGCUGCCAUUUUACUGGAUGUAUGUUUACACUGACUCGUGCUCUUUAUCUGCUUCGUCCAAGUCCAGAACAUUCAUGUUUAAUGCAGAGUCUCUAUGACAUUCUGCAGUGUUUAAAAAGCACAUAUGGGUUUUGUAGAAUGGAAGAUGCCCAGCGCAGUUUUAUGGCCAGCAUGAUGCAGCGUCUGGCCGCAGAUGAGGAGGUGCACAGCUGCUGUAGUAAUCCUCCUGUAAUAACUAGCUCAUACUACAGCCAGUCAGACAUGUACUACUACACACGUCUGGUGUUUAAUCAUCACCUAGUCACCUUUUUCUUUUUUUUUCCUCAACCUUGAUUUUACAAUUUUAUUUUCACAACUUUUCCGAACUGUGGCAUUUGCCAUAAAAUGAUAUACUGUACUGUGCUCUGAGGUCUGUCCUAAUGUGAAUGUACAGCUCAAACCAGAAUAAGAAUGUGACCGUAAGAACGAGAAGGCACAAGCCUUUCUUUCUCACCACACAUCAGGAAGGAGGAAACUAGAAGGGGAGAAAUGACCAGCCGUGUCCUUGUUCUAUCACAGCCUUUCACAGACUGAUCCAUCAAUUAUUUACCUUGCAUUUGGCCACAAAGAGCAGGAGGAAUGGCAUAGCCUGAAUGUAAAAAAGAAAGGUCAGCACAUCUGCGAAGGGAUACGGAGCCAUCCGCAGUGUCACACAUGCAAGUUUGUCCCUCUGCGCUCGCAAGAUUCAAGCCCUGCCGUGAACCUGGCAGAACCAUAUGUCAAAUCAAUAUUCGAUGGCACUGCCUCAGACUGAGAAUGGUGAAAGCAUUGUGGGUGUUAUUUGAUGGGUUUUUUUUUUUCUUUCUCCCGGUAUAAAAUACUGUGGCUGAAAGGUCAGAUACAUUGGGUGGGGCUUGUCUUCAUGAAUUCUGCCUUGGAGGGAUGUAGAUAGUGUGGUAGUCAUCUAGUGCUGUCAUGUCUGUUAAGGUGCUGACGCAAUGUUGAUCACGGUCUUAUUUCUGCUAUUGGCAAUUCAGAGAUGGAAACCUAUAGGAACUCUGCUCUUACUCUCAUUCUGACACUAUUGUAUUUCUUCAGUAGAAGUCCAUCUUUACAUAUUUGUAAUCCUUGCCAUAUGUCAUUAAUCUAUUAUCUCAUUAAUGUCAUUAAUCUAUAAUCGAAUGGGGCGGCUGUGGCUCAGGUGGUUGAGCGGGUUGUCCACUAAUCCACUAAUCGUAGUGUUGGUGGAUCGAUUCCUGGCCCACAUGGCUCCACAUGCCGAAGUGUCCUUGGGCAAGACACUAAACCCCAAGUUGCUCCCGAUGGCAAGUUAGCACCUUGCAUGGCAGCUCUGCUACCAUUGAUGUCCCUGCUAUCCAGUUGUCCAGAUGGGGUGCAGAUGCUGUAGCAUGCUAAAAAGUUACAUCUAUGACCCUACAGACCCUGUGGAUGUCAAUGAGCUGAAGCAAGAUCCUUCCACGAAUUCCUUAGUCUCUUCCUACCAAUGUCACAGUCAGGCAGAUGAUGGGAAAAAACAAGGCUUUCACAAUUUGGGCUACAACAGCAACCUCAGCAAAUCCGACAUUGAAAACAAUCACAUAAACCAGGCUAGGUCAAACCUUCCCCAGACAACAGGGGGCAAAUCUAGUCUCUAUAUUUUGCAACCAGAUGGAGGGGUCUCACCAACCCUUCCUAGUACUCCGCCUUUAUGCCCCGUUUCACCAUUGGUCACAGAACCUGGGAAACAAACAGAAAGGUUCCGGGACUCUGGCCUAGGAAAUGGCUGCUUGUGCAGAACGGACCAGGAAGAGGAAGGAAGACAGAGAGCAGGGGACACGGCAGACGAGGAGAGCGUCAUAUCUGUGGACAUCCAUACCAGCAGCACCAGCCUCUCCUCAACCGAGACCAAGCUUGUGAUAGACGAAGAUUCGUCAUUCUCCCAGAAAGCAGGAUCGAAGGAAAAAGACACAGAGGACACUGUGAGUGUCACAGACUCUAUGGUGGCAGAAGCACUCGCUGCCUUGGAGGCAGCCACUGCAGGGGAGGAUUACGAGUAAGAACUGGAGCUCCCCACCUGUCAUGACGCCUGGACCUGACCUGAAAGUGCACCAAAUAUGGCCAAAAAAAAAUAUUUUUUCCUUAUAUACGUAUAUUUCAUAUAUAAUGUAUAUUUCAUUCACAAAGUCUUCAUGAAGGAUUUUUUUUUAAAUGAACUUUUAAACAGAUUCUAUUUGUUUACAGGUCAUACUGUAAAUAAACAGAAUAUAUAAUAUAUUUGAUGUGUUCUGCCAAUCAUCUUGGUAGCAUGGAGUGUAUGGGCUGUUACUUUCUGAACCUUUCUCAGUGCCUUUUAUAGUCUAUGCAAGUCUGUGAUGAGCAUUUCAUUAUUUUGUUUCAUUGACCAUAUGCAAUAUUCCCCCUAACUUCAUGAUGAUGAUAUAAGCUGGGGAGGGCAGACACACCGUUGGAGCAAGUGACCAAUGGGUAAUAGAAAAAGGACACUGUUGGUCUUCCUUCCCAAAAUGUGAACACUUUUCAGUGGAACCGGGAUUUUGAGCAGGUGCACCCUCAUGGGGAGAGCUUUAUUCUUGAAAUUUAAACUGAUAAACCCCAACACUGUAAACAUGUCCACGUUGUCUUAUUUUGGUCUUAAUUGAUCAGUUUGUAAUUUUUUUUAAAUUCUUAAAUUUCUAAUCAGACUGAUCAUCAACUUUUUAGUCUUGAUUACAGACAUCUUGAUUCCAUUAAUGUGUAAAGAAAGCUUCUGUUGUCUUGGAGUUGAAGUGAACAUCUGACUGACAUUGACCAUGAGUACUAGUUAGCCCUGCCUCUCGAGUUACUUCAGUAGCUUUAAGAAAACCACUGAGAGGACCCUCUCUUCAAACUAGGAGAGUGGGUUCACGUUUGAACUACUGGGAAAACUGUAGCAGUUUCCACAUCCCUGUUCUGCAGGAAGUUACAUGCGGAGAACACCUACAUUUCAUGCAGACUUUUCAUAAAUAUUAUUAUUAUUAUUAUUAUUAUUAUUAUUAUUAUUAUUAUAGUGCUAACUGCUGUGAUGUUAUGUAUAUGGAUGUUAUGACAGCUGGAGCUAGUGAUGGUAGUUGACCAAAAAAAAAAAAAAAAAAACCUCAGCUGUGAAACAAUGGUUAACUAAAUGAGGCUCAAGAUUUCAGUUGGUAACUUGAUGUGAAGAUGGACUUUGCAUUUCCACAAAAUUAUGAAGAAGCACAGUAAAACGCUUUUCUCAACCUAGCAGGUAAAUGUGAUCUUACAUUAUCAGCCAUAUAUAUAUAUUUUUUUUUUCAAAUGCUACUUUCGUAAGCUUUUCUGUUUAUGAAAGUUAAACUUUCAGUAGCAAAGGAUUCUGAAAGUGUGGUCUAUGUAUAUGUUAUAGUACAGCCAAAACUAUUUUCUUUGGCAAAAUGUAUAUAUGUAAAUGCACUCACUGUUUCAUCUAUAAAUAUUUAUUGCUUUUCAUGAGGAGAUAAAUACAGAUGUGUAUUUUAAAACAAUUUUUGUCAUUCAAAAUCUGAUCCACUUAUUUAAUAAUAAAGCACAAUGCCUGUGAUCAUGA